AUGGCUAGACAUGCGACAGAAGACUUCCCUCUUUUACCAACUCAAUCUGCUCCUACACAUCUUUCACAAAUUAAUACUCAUCUACUCAUUGAUACAUCGCACACAACUACUUCACAUAUACAGACCUAUACUACCGCUGCACCUUCUGGUUCAGCCAGCACAGUGGCACAGCAGCUUCAACCAAGGCGCAUCUCUCCGGUCGAGCUGAGAGAGCCAGAAAAGUGGAGAAACGUCAAUUAUCAAUUUAUUAUUCUAGCGAUUAAGAUGAAUUGCGCGGUAGCUAUUGACGGGGGGAUUAGAAUCGUCCCCAAAACCAAGGACGAUUACAGAAAGAUAAUUUGGCAUUUUAAAGAGCAAAAUAUUGCCUAUCAUACCUUUCCUCUGCAAUCGAAAAGAAACAUACAUGCUGUCCUACGCAGUAUCCCCGCGUCACUCAACGAGAAAGAGAUGAAGCAGGUGCUGGACCAGAAAGGAUAUACCCCUCUCCAUCUGAUCAGAUUAAAACGCAGUGGGGGCACUCCCAUGCCGUUGGUAGUGGUGAUACUGCCUAAAUCACAUGAACUAUUCAAUGAAAAAGAACUAUUAGGCCUCUCAAUUAAGGUGACUCUUCAGAUGAAGCGUUUUCUGACAAUUCUAUCGAUGACGCAGCAUUCAUUCCACCAAGCAGUAGUGAAAGUGUUGGAGAUGACAGUAAAAAACUUGGUUUUUGAUAUUCCCACCACAUCUUUUCAACGCCCCAGCAAACGAAGCCGGCUCGAAAAAGAAAGCACAGAAGACGAAUCAGAAGAAGAACUACAAUAUGAGUCAAAUAACGCUGAAGUUCAAAAUUUUGAAGACAGUACCUCAGCGUCAGAUGCAGAUAGACCUGAAAUUGAAGAUAAUUUGGCCCGAGAUUCACAAGAAGAACCUGAUAGUGGAAUAGUCAUCAACUUGCACGACUUGUCUCUCUCAGUUUGGGGUGUGCCCGUUGGAAACCAUUCAGAAUUUGUAGGAACUUACGAAGCUGGUGUAAAACCUGAGUUGUAUGCUGCGUUAAAGGGUCUCUGGCCAGUAGAAUAUUAUUUGGCUUUUGUAGAUGUUUAUAUUCUGGAUCUUAUGGGGCGAUUAUUGUUCAAACAAUACAAUCCUCAAAAGGGAAAUAAAUAUGGUAUCAAAGUAUUUAAGUUGUGUACUCAGAAUGGGUGCACUUGGAACCUGAGUGUGUACGCAGGCAAAGUGAAGGAAGGCCAACUAGCAGUAUCUACCAGUAUAGUGCUAAAAUUGGCGAGGAAUCUCUUAGGGUCUGGCAGAAUUUGUGUAAUUGAUAAUUGGUAUACCAGCCUCCAACUGGCUCAUAUACUUUUGGAUAACAAAACACAUUGCCUGGGUACUUUGCGAAAUAAUCUCAAGGGGAAUCCAGACAAAGUUUUGAAGAAAAAACUGAAAAAGGCGAAAUUAUUGCCCAAGAAAAUGCCGUGA